AUGAAAACCUUCCUUUAUCCGCCAAUUGAGCCAUUUGACUCUGGGUUUCUGCAGGUUUCGUCGCUGCACACGAUUUAUUACGAACAGGCUGGAAAUCCAACGGGCACGCCGGCAUUAUUCCUCCACGGCGGUCCUGGCGGCGGGAUCGAACCCGUGAACCGUCAGUUCUUCGAUCCACAACACUAUAGGAUCAUUCUGUUCGAUCAGAGGGGCAGUGGUAAAUCAUCGCCUCACGCAGAGUUGCGGGAGAAUACGACGUGGCACUUGGUCGAGGAUAUCCUGAGGCUACGCCUGCAUCUCGACAUUAGGGAGAAAAUGUUGGUUUUCGGGGGAUCUUGGGGCUCGACCCUUGCACUAACCUUUGCUGUGACCCAUCCUGAGAUGGUCCUUGCGCUGGUACUGCGCGGUGUGUUCACCCUGCGACACCGGGAGCUCGCCUGGUUCUAUGAGGGCGAGGGCGCCGAUCGCAUUUUCCCAGAGGCCUGGCAGGAGUUUGUCGAGGUCAUUCCACCAGAGGAGCGAGCAUUUCAGGCGCCGCCAGGAGAGCAAACGCUUGGCGUGGAUCAAAAGGCCCGACUUGCUUUGACUGAGGCGUACUACAGGAGACUAACCUCCGCAAAUAUGGAAGAGCGACUGCGAGCCGCGCGUGCUUGGAGCAUCUGGGAGGGCCGAACCUCGCACCUCCGCGCAGCUGCCGACGUUGCGCGCAAAUUCGAGACGCCGGAAUUCGCUGAGGCCUUCGCGCGGAUCGAAUGCCAUUAUUUUAUGCAUGGUGGUUUCUUUGAACGUGAUGGUUGGCUUCUGGAGCCAAGCCAGUGCGCUCGUCUGCAAAAUAUUCCCUGCACUAUCAUCCAGGGCCGCUACGAUAUUGUUUGCCCAUUCGAGACCGCGUGGCUCUUGAAGAAGCAGCUCCCGAACGCAGCAUUUGUUGUUGUUGAGGACGCAGGACAUUCUGCAAUGGAACCGGGAACGCAGAAACAUUUGGUGGAGGCCACAAAUCGGUACCGUACGCUUGCCAGACAGACCCUUUGA